CAAAUUCAACAGCCUCGAAAAUUUCACGUCACAUCCCUUCCUGCGAGCCGCUGACAUGCGCUAUCUAUCCUGACAACGUCGAAGCAGCUGUGACACGUCAGCACGGCGGAGUGCGCCGGGCUGAUAUGGAUUUGAAAUGGGUGCGCCGGCGCGUCACGGAGGCCCUUCUCGUGAGCGGCGCGGUCGUCGCGUGCCUCGUGAACCACCAUGUCCCGCAGCCGUACAUGGACGAGAUAUUCCACGUGCCUCAGACGCAGCAGUACUGCAGCGGAGACCUGCUGACGUGGCACCCGCUCAUCACCACGCUGCCGGGCCUCUAUUAUCUAGCGCUUGGGUAUGUGGGGCUGCAAUACGCCCUGUUGUACGUUCUCGGCAUUGAGAAAGCCGCCGCCUACGUGGCAUCCACGUCAGACGCCAUGUCAGGUGCCACGUCAGCAGGCGUCCCGUUCGCAUCCUUCUGCUCCCCGUUCAUGCUGCGGUCGCUCAACCUCCUCCUCCUCGUCCUCUCCUUCCCCCUCUUCCACUCAACUGCUCGCGCUGCUGCCCGUGCUGCUGCCGGUGCUGCUGCUACAGCACGUUCAAAGAAGGGCAGCAAAACUUCUUCACGAUCUAGAGGCGUCAGUGCACUGCUGCACAGAUACGAAACUUUAUAUGAUACCAGAAAAGAAACUCGAGAUGACACCGGAGAUGGAACUGGAGAUGACACCGGAGAUGGAACUCAAGAUGACACCACGAACAACGGGCAAGCUGAUGCCCAAAACCGCCCUGCCCGCACAUCCUGGGACGCAGUCGACGAGGAUUGCACGUGGAGGGCGGCAAUGUUUGUCCUCUUCCCCCUGCACUGGUUCUUUGGCUUCCUCUACUACACGGAUGUGGCUUCGUCUGUAGCCGUGCUGGCCAUGAUGCGAUGCGUGUACAAGCGGCAGCACUACCUUGCUGCCCUGCUAGCAACAGGCAGCAUCUUCAUUCGCCAGACCAACGCGGUGUGGGCGUUCUUUGCCCUGUGCGUAUCUGCUUCCCGCUUCCUGGGGCUGCCAACACAAGUAUCACAGAGAGCAGAGGGCAGGGAGGGCAGAUGCAGUGCUGAGACGUUGCAAAACGCUGAGAAAAAAGAAGGCGGUGAGGGCAGGUCCAGUGCUGUUGAGUCGGCUCAAAGGCUGGCGGCACGAACAUCAGAGAGGACAGAGGGCAGGGAGGGCAGUGAGGGCAGUGAGGGCAGGGAGGGCAGUGAGGGCAGUGAGGGCAAAUCCAGUGAACUUGCGCUUUCAUCGAAUAACAAUUCCACAGGGAGGAAAGGGAGAACCUUCUCGGAUCCUUCCUGGGCGACAGAUGCAGCGGCUAGAGGAGAGGAUGUGCCGAGGGCGCUGCUGCUGCUGCUGCACCGGGCAUGGGCGGAGCGGUGGAAGUUUCUGCGAACGUUCCUCCCGCUUCUGGCAGUCUUGGCGGCGUUUUUCAUAUUUGUUCGCGUCAAUGGCGGCAUCGUUGUCGGAGCGCGCACGGAGCACCGCCUCUCGCCCCAUCUUAUGCAGCCUCUCUACUUCGCUGCAUUCUCCGCCCUCUCCCUCUCCCCUCUCCUCCUCGCCCCCUCCUCCCUCCUCCCCCUUCUCGCCUCAACCUCUCGCUCUCUCCGGUCGUCCCCCAGCCGCUGCCUCUUCCUUACUCUCCUCGUUUCCUCCCUGCUGUUUCUGACAAUCAAGAACUUCAGUCUAGCCCACCCCUACCUGCUGGCGGACAACCGCCACCACACCUUCUACAUCUGGCGCCGACUUGUCCAGCCGGCCCACAACCCGUCGCAGCGGUUCCUGCUGCUGCCACUCUACGGCCUCUCCCUGCUCGCCCUCUCCCAUGCCUUGCGCCGUUCAAUCACCCCUCUUGGCGUCUUCUUUUUUCUCGUCUGCCACAGCAGCAGUUCUCGUUCCGCCGCUCCUCAAGCCGCACAAUGACCCCUCUCGGCCUCUUCUUUUUCGCAGCAGCGACAGCAGCAGUUCUCGUUCCCUCCCCGCUCCUGGAAUUCCGUUACUUCAUCCCGCCCUUCAUGUUGCUGCUGCUGCACUUCCCCCUUCCUCAAAAGCUAUUGGAGAAAAGGAUAGCGUGCACUCUGGUCCUCAUAGCCUUCGUUGCUGUAGAUACUGUUACCAUGGCGCUUUUUCUGUUUCGACCAUUCAAGUGGGAAGGGGAGGAAGGCUGGCAAAGGUUCUUGUGGUAACCAAUAGUACCCGUAACAGCAGAUCUCGCUCCCUUUCCACUCCUCGAGUUUCGUUACUUCAUGCCACCUUUCAUGCUGCUGCUGCUGCCCCAAAACCGUUUGGAAAAAUGUGUAGCGUGCACUCUGGCUCUCAUUAUGCGAAUCUCAUAGCCUUCGUUGCUGUAGAUUCUGGGACUCUGGAGCUAUUUUUUGUUUCGCCCGUUCAAGUGGGGAAGGGCAUGGCACAAAGGAUGGCGACGGUUUUAUGUGGUAACUGGAAGGGGACUGAUGGUGUAUUGCUAAUCUGUUGCUGUCCAUCGCACAUUCGCAGCACUAUGGGGCUCUUUUCUUGUUUUGACUG